AUAUUAAUUACUGUUGUGUAUAACUGAUUCCAUAAUCCUUGUAAUAAAAAAGCUGGAUUCCAAAAAAAAAACAGUUUUUUAGUAAAUAGGUGAAUAAGCUUGGCAUUGUGAUAUUUAGGAUUCUCAAAAAUUGUUUAGACCUGAUCCAGAUGCAUGCUAACAAUUUACAACUGUUUCACUAGAGCGCUGUUUAAGAUUGAGAUGGAGGGGAUUUCUACUCUAUUGAUCUCUUUUUCCCACUUCUGUAGAUUUGAACUCAUUUUCUACUCUAUUCAUCUCUUUUUCCCACUUCUGUAGAUUUGAACUCAUUUUCAUAAGAUCAGAGGGGAUUUCUCCUCUAUUUGAUCUGAUCGUUCGCUUUGCUUUUGUUUCAACAAAUUUUACUUUUUUGUUCCUCCAAGCUCUGCCGAUCAUAUUGUAGAUUUACAUUGCAAUGAUGGAUUUGAAGGAAAAUAACAAGUUUCUGGAUGCUGGGCUUCUAUUUCUGGCGACCAUUGUCUCUGUGCUGAGAUUGGCAUAAGGUGUGCUAUGUGGAUUAGUUUGUUUUACUUUUUUUUGUUUGCUAUAUUGUGCUUUUUUCUAUAAUCUGGUGUUAUAGUUCUUCAACCAUAUAUUAGGCUACAUAUGCUUAAUAUGCUUGUUUGUGUUAAACAAUUUAUGUAAACAGUUUUGUGUAUAUAGUUUAUAUGUAAACAAUUUCUAUGUUAAAUAGGUUAACUGUUUUAGUGGUUAACCAUGUUUUAUGCAAAAGCCUAUAUGUUAAAGAGGUUAUCCAGGUAUCAUUAUUAUCUAUUGGAUCUGACCUAAUAUGACCUAUCUAUUAAAUAGGUUAAGCAGGUCAGGUCAGGAUGCCUGCCUAAUAAAUAUGAUAGACUCAGCUAUCAAAUUCUGACCAAUUUAAUAAAUAGGCUAGGUUUAGGUUUAGAAUUUUUUUGAUCUGGUCCGCAUCUUACCCUAUCCAUAUACAAUCUGACCAACAUGAUUGCCGCCCCUAAAUGGAUGUUGCUUAAUGUGUGUAGAAUCACCUAGAGAGAGUGAAGUAAGGAAUCUAUAACCCCAGAUGUAUCUGUACUUUAUGAGAUCAUGGGAAGGAUUAUCUAGACCUUCUGCAUCUCUUCCAUGUUCACAUGCGGAGCUAAAAGCAGUUCCUUAGAGCUCAUCAAACUAUCAAAGUAUAAAAGUGAAGUGUGACCAUUGCCUCAAAAGCUACCCUUCACAUUAUUUCUAUUGUUUCCCCCUUGGCUUUCUUAUCCCUUAAGCAUAGCAGGCAUUCCUUCCCUCUCCAAAUCCUUGUCACAACCACCUAUAUAUCCCACCUCACCAAUGAAAAAAUAAUCUUCUUCCCCUUCAAGCUUAGAGAGAGAGAGAGAGAGAGAGAUGUCUACGGAUUGGGGGCCAGUGAUCGUUGCGGUGAUCCUCUUCAUCCUUCUUUCUCCAGGCCUCCUGUUCCAGCUGCCGGCAAGGGCAAGGGUGGUAGAGUUUGGGAAUAUGAGCACCAGUGGGAUCUCAAUUCUGGUUCAUAGCAUUCUAUUCUUUUGUCUGCUAACCAUCCUGGUCAUUGCGAUUGGUAUACAUAUGCAUGCUUCUUGAUCCAAGAUGGGCAAGAGUUCACCACCGUCUUGGUCCAGAUUUUUUUUUUUUUUUUUUGGUUCUCGUGUUUACGAUGGUUUAUAGAGCAUUUGGUGUUUUAAUUAAAGUUAAGGCUUCCAUUUUAAAAUGCAUUUACUUGCAUUCACAAGUUUCUAGUAGUCUGUCAUUGUAGUUGAAGAAUUGUUGAACACUUGAUGCCAAAUACCUCAUCAAAUUCUUAUUUGUUGUCAACAGGAUUUGAGAGUGGACUCAAAAUACCCCCUCCAAGUUUAAGAAAUGCUAUGUCUCCUUUUAACUA